UACUGUGUCUGUUCCGGAGACUCUGGAUAAUGUUACACUCAUACUACUGCUACUGAUAUCGGAUCCAUCCAUCUACAUUAUUUCCCCAUUCUAUUUCUCCCCUGUUUUGUCCUCUUUAACGGCGCCAAAAGCCAAAUCGUAUUCCUCUGUUCUCCCUCUCUUUGUCACAUUGCAAUAGCCAUCAGAGUCAAGCCUUUUUCGCCUCUCAGUGUUACUCAGUCAGAUCCCUUCACCGUCUUAUCCGGAUUUAGAUGCGUUGGAUCCCUUUCCAUCUUCUAUUUCCAUACCCAAUCGUAUUACCUCGCUAUCUUUCCAGUUCCUCUUGUCCGGGGGAUUUUAAAUUUUCAAAAUCAUCCAUUACCCCCCCCACUCUCCCUUUGUUUAUAUUACUCCCGAUACAUAGAUUACGUCCUCCUCCAUAUUUUCUAACUUCUACGCGUAUAUCUUGUCUGCUACGUUCUCUUGUCGCCCAAGUAUGUUUUUUUUCUACGUGCCUUUUCUUUUUUUUUUUUUUUUCCUUUUUGACGAUUUUUUAGAGCAGUUCUCUCUAAGAUAAAUACAUAAUUCCGUGGAUUAGCCCAGCGAUGAGCGACCAGCGUUGAUCCGUCAGAGGCAUUUUUUGUGCCAUCGGAUUAUUAGUCUGAUAAUUCCUUGUUUUAGAUACAUCAGAGAUUUCUGAAAAGUUGGAAUCCUAUGCAAGCAAUCCUGAGUUCCUACAGAUAGUGAUUGAGAGCUUCGACGGAGAUGUAUGGUUUGUUGUUCCCGUUCUGAAAGCAACGGUAUCUAAUCUGUAAAGACAACCGACGGAGACGACGACUCCUUUUUGCCCUUUAUAUGCUUUAUUUAUAGAUAUAAUACACAUGUGAUCGGAAAAGUUCCUUGCUUUAACAUGCGAGUUGAUCCUCAUAAAGGGAGGAGGAGGAGGCCGAACCCGAACAUAGUAACACAGGUUCACAUACAGUGCCCAACAUGAAGCUCCAUGAAACACCCAAAGCAGAGUCUGCUACUACCAUUACCAAGCCCAAAGAGCGCCACAUAGUUACAUGGACUCAACAGGAGGAUGAUAUACUACGGGAACAGAUCAGCAUCCAUGGAACUGAAAACUGGUCGAUUAUUGCAGCCAAGUUCAAGGACAAAACAACCAGACAGUGCAGAAGAAGAUGGUACACUUACUUAAAUUCAGAAUGCAAGAAAGGAGGGUGGUCACCGGAGGAAGACAUGAUCUUAUGCGAGGCUCAGAAGAUUUUCGGUAAUAGAUGGACUGAAAUAGCAAAAGUGGUUUCUGGCAGAACGGAUAACGCUGUGAAGAACCGGUUCUCCACCCUGUGCAAGAAAAGAGCAAAACAUGAGGCUCUAUCAAAGGAGAAUAACGCUUCUUACAUCAAUCCUAACAACAAGAGAGUAAUAUUUCAAAAUGGACUCGUUUUGGGAGAUGAAUCUGCUGAAUCUGCAGCACCUCUUAAGAGGAUGAGGACCCACAUCUCCAGUCUCACAGAGGAUAACACCACCAAAGGAGAAAUAACCAAGGAAUGUGCAAAAACAGAGCACCAGCAGAUAAGGCCUCCUUUUGCAGUAUUGAUUCAAAACUUCCACAAUGCUGGCGAGUUGCAAUCUCAGCAACACGUUGGCAACAACACCCACACAGCCUCCAAAUAUGUUGCAAAUAAUGAGGUUCAAGGAACAUUUCUUAAAAGGGAUGAUCCAAAGAUUGCUGCUUUGAUGCAACAAGCAGAACUGCUCAGCUCUCUUGCACUAAAGGUUAAUACAGAGAACACCAAUCAAAGUCUUGAAAAUGCUUGGAAGGAACUACAAGAGUUCUUAAGUCGAACAAAAGAAGGCGAUUUUGACACAUACAAAAUCUCUGAAGUGGAUUUUUUAACUGAAGAUUUCAAGAACUUGGUAGAGGAUCUAAAGAGCAGUAACAUGGGAAACGAGCUUUCUUGGAGGCAACCCAAUCUAUAUGAGUCUCCUGGCAGUUCUGAGUACAGCACUGGAUCAACCGCCCAGUCCCAUGCAUCAGGUGAUAAAACAGAACAACCUCAAGUUGAGGUAUGUUCAUUACACCAGGAUGGCAGUGUUGUCUCAAUGCCCAUUCAUGCGGAAGUACGGAAUGGUGGUGAUGGCUGUGAAGAUGGGAUCUGUGUAAGCACUGCUCAAGGAACCUUUCUCUCAUGUGAUGAGCCAAAGGGUAAUGAAGAAGUUGUUUCUGCACUGUUUCAUACAGAGUUCAGCUCCCCUCUUCAAGUAAUUCCACUGUUCCGAUCUUUAGCAGCUGGAAUUCCAAGCCCAAAAUUUUCAGAAAGUGAGAGGAACUUCCUUCUGAAAACACUUGGUACGGAUUCACCAAUCUCUGGCCCUGGCACAAGCACUUCACAUCCACCACCUUGCAGAAGGGCCCUCCUCCAUAGCCUCUGACCAAUCUAUGCUUCCCAUCUUACCUGCAGAAUUUUGUGCACUAGGAAAUUGCUAGUUCAUCCUCACCAUCUAAUUGUUUGGAAAGGUUUGUCAAAUAUCAUCUUGAGUUCAGAGUCCAUGGUUCACAGGCCACCAUACCUGAUUUUUAGCAAAGGUGUUCUAAGAUCUGCACUUCAAAACUGUCUUAGAAUGUUUUAGUAUCUUCCCUGAGCAUUCUAGCAUUGCCCAUCCGAUCUUACAAUGUGUUCUGUGAGCCUGAAUUCUCACAUUGAGUUCCAGUAUGAGUGUUUGUUGAAUUGCUUGAUUUUUUUUUUCUCCCGAGUCUUCUCUAGAAUUGCUUGAUUUUAGUCCUAUUUGUCAUCUGUACAUAAUAUGGCAGCAUACCAACCUUGUCUUUUUUUAAGAGUGUAAUUAUACAUCGGCAGUUUGGGCACCUCCCAUACAUAUCUUAGGAAAAACAAAAAUAGUUAUAAAAAAAAUAGAAAGAGCAAAAGGAGGAUGAACCCUAGUUGAAGUUGGAUUUUUAUUGAUUUGAUUUUGGUGUGCAGAGGGUAUAGAAUAAGAGUUUCUUUUUUUAUUAUUAUUUUCUUCCUUUUCUAAGUUGGAUUUUGUCAUGAAUGUAACUAUUUGAUGUAACUUACUAUAAUUAAAGAAGAGAAUGUGCUAUUGGUUUUGUGUGUA